CCCCCGACCUUUCAGUAUAUAAAAUGGGUAGGAGCAAGCUCAACAUCAUUCCAAGUUUGACCAUCGUUGUGAAAACAUACUUACUUAAUUCAAAAUGGCUAAACUUAUGAUUGUUGCCUUAGCAUUAGUUGCGGUUGCCGUAGCACACCCAGGAUACGGUGGUGGUGGCCAGAGCUACGGUGGACAUGAUUCUGGAUUUGGCGGAAGCCAAGGUGGAUUCGGCGGUGGCCACGAUUCUGGAUUUGGCGGAAGCCAAGGUGGAUUCGGCGGUGGUCACGGAGGUAGCCAAGGCGGUUUCGGCGGCGGUCAUGGAGGUAGCCAAGGUGGAUUCGGAGGCGGUCACGGAGGUAGCCAAGGAGGACUCGGAGGCGGUCACGGAGGUAGCCAGGGCGGUUUCGGCGGUCACGGCAGCCAGGGAGGUUUCGGUCAAGAUUCUGGCUUCGGCGGCGGUCACGAUUCUGGAUUCGGCGGACAGGGAGGACACGGACACGGUCACGGACACGGACACUACUAAACUCAAACUGUGAUUAAUUUGUAAUAAAGUAAUUUUAAUUUAAUCUA